AUGUUGGUUCUCACACGGAAGCCUCAGGAAAAGAUCCGGAUCGGCGAUGGCAUCACGAUCACGGUCAUCAAGACCAAGGGCUCGGGCGUCCGCCUCGGCAUUGAGGCGCCCGCCGACGUGCCGGUGCUGCGUGGCGAGUUGCUCGCCGCCCGUGAUAGCUUUGUUGGAACGGAAACCGACGAGGCCUCCGUUCCCCCAGCGGCUGCCAAUCAAGCGGCUACGAAUCAAGCGAAGAGUGAUAGCGAGGUGCAGUUCACCCGCGUCAAGCGUUCACGAGUCCCGUCGGUCCUGCCGAACUUGCUCGGCGAACCCGGCCCGCUGCGGGCGAUGAUGGCCGGUCGUGCGACGACCGGCGCUUAG